ACUGCGGAUUGGCACUGAGCCGAGGUUGGCACUGGUCCUAGCUGGAGAUACAAUAGCCAAACAUCACGGAUGUGGGGAGACAGCGUCUACGUAGACUAUUAGAUCCCGUCGCACAUACACUUACGUGGUCUACGCAUUCAAAUAUGAUGUAGCUGAUACGCGCUGACCGACUGGCUGUGAAGAGAGGUCGCUGACAGACUGUGCGUAACGCUGAGUGAACAGCAGUAUUCCUCGCUGUAUAUCCCAACCUAGACGAGCUGUUGACUCGCAGAGAGUCGCAUUUUUCUGCAGUGCAGCUCACCACCCAUAACCAGAUGCUCUCAAUCGAAGAGGACCGGUUCAGUUUCAUGCCGUCUAACCCGACCGGAGCCUGAGCCGAAGGAUGCAGGUUAAAAGCCAGGUCUGCACGGAGCAGAGCAGCACCGACGACCCGGAGCAGGAUGACAACCAGAAGAAGACCUCGUGUUUUUCCAACAUUAAAAUUUUCCUAGUGUCGGAAUGUGCGCUCAUGCUGGCACAGGGCACCGUGGGCGCUUAUCUGGUAAGUGUUCUGACCACUUUGGAAAGACGCUUCAACCUCCAGAGUGCCGAUGUAGGCGUCAUUGCCAGCAGCUUUGAAAUUGGCAACCUGGCCCUCAUCCUAUUUGUCAGCUACUUUGGCGCCAAGGCCCACAGACCCCGACUUAUUGGCUGUGGGGGGAUUGUCAUGGCAUUGGGGGCAUUGCUGUCAGCCUUGCCAGAGUUCCUAACUCAUCAGUAUGAGUAUGAGGCCAGGGACUCGUGGCACGCUGAGGAUGGCAGGGAUGUCUGCUCCAACAACUCCAGGUCAGAAAACCAAGACCCUGCUUUUAAAUGUGGCAACCGAGCAAACACCAACAUGAUGUACCUUCUGCUGAUCGGAGCCCAGGUUCUGCUGGGCACACCUGUCCAGCCUCUUGGAGUGUCCUACAUCGAUGACCAUGUCCAUAGGAAGGAUUCCUCACUUUAUAUAGGUAUUUUAUUUUCAACAUUAGUGUUUGGCCCAGCUUGUGGCUUCAUCUUAGGCUCUAUCUGUACCAAAGUCUACGUUGAUGCUGUCUUCAUCGACACCAGUAAGUUAGACAUCACUCCAGAUGACCCUCGCUGGAUCGGGGCGUGGUGGGCCGGCUUCCUCCUCUGCAGUGCCUUACUCUUCCUGUCGGCUCUCUUUAUGUUCGGAUUCCCCCAAGCGCUAGGCGAGCAGGACAUAGAUGUUGGAGGGGAGAGUGAGCAGGCCAUGCUGCCUUCUUCCCUAACUCUGGAGUACCAGGACAAUAAACUCAACAGGGCCAUUCAUGGUUUUGAUAUGAACAGUGGACUCUCAGUUUGUGAGCAUCUGAGAGUAAUCCCUCGCGUAACCAGGCAUCUACUCUCCAAUCCGGUAUUCAGCUGCAUCACGCUGGCAGCCUGCAUGGAGAUUGCUGUAGUUGCUGGCUUUGCAGCCUUCCUAGGCAAAUACCUGGAGCAGCAGUUCAACCUUACCACCUCCUCAGCCAAUCAGCUGCUAGGUAUGACAGCUAUACCCUGUGCCUGUCUGGGUAUCUUCCUUGGGGGACUGCUGGUUAAGAAGCUGAACCUGUCUGCUCUGGGUGCUGUCCGUAUGGCCAUGCUGGUCAACCUGGUGUCCACUGCCUGCUAUGUCUCUUUUCUCUUCUUGGGCUGUGACACCGGACCUGUUGCUGGGGUUUCAGUGACCUAUGGCAACGAGACACUGCAGUCCUGGCAGCGACCUGAGUCAGCAUGCAUCAGUAACUGUAACUGCUAUACAGCAUCAGUGAGCCCUGUGUGUGGUUCCAACGGUGUCACCUACCUCUCAGCCUGCUUUGCUGGCUGCACCAAACCAAACCUGACCAGCUGCACAUGCAUAUCCAGCACCAGUGAAAAGGCGGUGGCUUUACCAGGGAAGUGUCCCAGUCCCGGCUGUCAGCAGGCCUUCCUCACCUUUCUGUGUGUUAUCUGUGUGUGCAGCAUGAUUGGAGCUAUGGCCCAGACACCCUCUGUUAUCAUCCUCAUCAGAACUGUAAGUCCAGAGCUGAAAUCAUACGCCCUUGGAGUUCUGUUCCUGCUCCUGAGGCUGAUAGGCUUUAUUCCUCCCCCUCUGAUCUUUGGCAUGGGCAUUGAUUCCACCUGUCUGUUCUGGAGCUCACUCUGCGGAGAAAAGGGGGCCUGCAUGCUUUACGACAAUGUGACCUACAGACAUCUUUACGUCAGCAUUGCCAUCGUCCUCAAGUCAUCAGCCUUCCUCCUGUACACUACCACAUGGCAGUGUUUGAGAAAGAACUACAGGAAAUACAUCAAGAACAGUGAGGGAUACCUCACACCCACUGAACUCUUUAGCUCCAAUGUGACUCUGGACAAUUUGGGCAAGGAGAUCACGCAGUGCCCAGCCAACAGGACAAAGUUCAUAUACAACCUAGAGGACCGAGAGAUGAGUGACAACAUGGAGUCAGUUUUCUAGACGUGGUCUGCACAGGGAUUGCAGACUGGGGCCAUAAACGUGCAACUGAGCUGAUGUUUCUUUGGCGCUGUGUCAGUUAGAAGAAUGUCCUCAGUAAGGAUCUCACCUUCUUCUUACCUAAACAUCAGACUUAAUGAAAAAUUGAAGAAAUAUUUCCCCAAAUACUCUAUGAAUACUCACACUGCACUCAAAUUUAUUGUCUAUUUUUUUAGUCCAUUUUAUCAGAUAAAAUCACACACUGAUUUAAAAACCAAUCAUACUGUCCAACACAAUAACAUAAAAUAUUCCACAAAUUUUUAAAGGAGGAUGGAACAGUUAUGUGUUAUGUAUGCAUCGUGGAAUGCCUCUGGAAUGUUUUUUUUUACCAUGAGAUCAUUAUGUUUAGUUGAAAUUGUCAUAUUAGGAUUAAAUAUACUUCAGAAUCAAAGCAUUGUGAGAAUCAGAAAUGAGCUUUAUCAGACAGUUGAUUUUCAGUUAUAAGGAAGUAUUUCUCAGGUCCAGAUGUAAAGAUAGUUUAUAAAGAUAGUUAAUAUGGUUGUUUAUUGUUAGAUGAUGCAUUUGCUUACUUCAUGGUUGGAGCAUUUCUCUAGAUAUAAACAAUAUACAGUUGUAAUUCAAGUGGGACCCUUCCAUUUGGAGAGUGCUCCUCUUGAAACUGCUAGGUGCCCUUACUGAAGACUUAACAACACAGUAAUGUGUUAAUAGCCCCCUAACUCUCGCUCCUAGUUUUUUUGUUUGUUUUGUUUUGUUUUGCUUUUUUAAGUUACCGAGAGGUCAUAACUCCAGGUGGCCCUUUUUCCUGCAGAGCUAGGAUAAAAAGAAAAGUAUAGACAAAAUAUCUACACUAAUUUCUAUCCCAGCAGAGUAACUACACUUUCUUUAGCCUUAACCCCAGUGGCCUGGACCCAAAUACUGUAAGUAGUGGAAAACAAAUGAGAAAUACAGUAGUAACAGAAGGUAAGCUUACAAAAAUGUUUACCAAUAUAAUAAUUUUAUUUAUGUAUUGAUUGAUUGAUUGAUUGAUUGAUUGAUUGAUUGACUGACUGAUUUGCUAAAGGAGGACUUGACAUUUUCUCAAAAGGUUGAUAUCCCAUUAUGGAAGUAAACUCUUCAGUCUGAGCUGAUGUUGCACCCCUUGUUCCUUAUAGUUUUAAACUCUGAAGAUGAUAUUUGUUGAAGCUAGAGCAGUGUUAUACCAGACUGUAAUUUCUUUCUUCUUCUUCUCCUUUUUUUUUUUUUUUACUUUUCACAAUUACCCUUGGACAUUUGGUGCAACUUCCAAAAUGUUAAUUAUUAAGAAAAAAAAUGGAGGGGGGAGGGAAGAUAUAGGAGUUGGGUGGCAUUUGAGCUGAUUCAGUAACUGAACCUGUUACAUUUCAGUUACAUGACCAUUUCUUUAACUACUGAUUUGACUGUGCCUCCACUAUUCUUCUUCCAGGAACAGUGGCGUUAUUUAUUACUGGGAAUGGAAACAAAUACAAGACAAGUACAGUCUGACUUGGUGGUAUAAUCUACACCUAGGGUGGCCAUCUGCAGCAGUAAAGCACGGAAUACAUAGCAACAUGAUAAAUAACAAACAGGGCGCAUAACAAAUAAGACUAUCCAAGAUGUAGGCACUGGGGCAGGAGGCCUUUGCCAUCAGCAUCAGUGUCAGCAGCAAAGUUCACAAGGCCACAGACCACAGCAUGAAGGCAUUUAAGAAGAGCGCCAAGACAGCACAGUGAGACAUGAUGAUUGUGGUGGGUUUGCUGUGAGAAGUCACAGCACAGCAUGAUGGACAGUGUCCAGGCAAAAGUAGUUAAUUGACCAGCAUGCAGGUAAUGCAUGCUAUAAUAAAAGGAUUUUUUUUUACCAAGAAAUUCUGUUGGAUUGGAAUUUCUGACAUAUUCACUUCAAAUGAAGUGUAAUGUUUUUCCUGGAUUACUUUGAUAUCUAAAUCAUAGUCAUUGUACCCAGCCUAGAAAUAGAGACAAUAUGUUAAUAGCUUUACAGGUGCUCACAGGUACUGUAGGUUUUGCUACUGGAGCCAGGCUAACUUUCCCCCUGGUUUCCUUUGUGCCAAAUUAAGCCAACCAGCUGAUGGCUGUAGCUUCACAUUCCCUGUACAACAUGAGAGAGGUACCAGUCUUCUCAUCUCUUGGCAAGAAAUCAAACCUUUCUUGUAAAAUGUUGAACUUUUCCUUAAAGUUAGUUAAUGCCAUCUGCUGUUCCUUAUAAAGUUCCACAGUUUGGUUCUUUAUGGCACCACUUAUGUUUUUGAGUGAUUUGUGUGCGUGGGUGUGUCAUAGUGGUGAUUAUGUUAGAACCAUACAACUUGUUUUAGCAAUUCACUGAACAAACAGUGUAAGAUUUAAACCAUAUAUUGAUGCUGCUAAAGCAUAACAAAUAAUACUUGUUAAUACUGCUUAUUAUGUUACUACUACUAGCCUUAUGUUGGUUUACUGUUUACUUGCCCCUUGCAUGG